CAUUUUCAGUUCAGUUCCAACGCUCCGAGUGAACAGUUUCGAGUCUUGAUAUCGAACUCGGCUCCGACUUCGAAUAUCGUUCGACUCAGUUCUAGAAUCGCCUGCGCUUGCGCCAGCAGAAGUAGUCACCACCUCCCGAAUGCUGUUUCAAAAAUAAUCAACAGCUGUCCGUUCAAUACUCUAAAAAUAAUAAAAAUAAAGUAAAAGCUGUCUGCUGUCCGGGAGUGCUUCGAGCUUGCUACUUAAUCUGUUCAGAAACUAAAAAAUAAAAAAAACAAGAAAGGAAGCUAACUUCGGCUAGCCGAAGUUGAAAUACCCUUGCAAGGCAGACGUCAUGUCCAACACGGAGAAAGGAGGACUGCACAGAGUGCGAAACUUCCUGUCAUGCCGCCAAGUGCUGAACCUGCUGACCAUGCUCGGCUUCAUGCUGAACUAUGCCCUCAGAGUCAAUCUUACCAUAGCCAUUGUGGACAUGGUCCGGCCAAAUGUCACUGCCUCCUCUGGUAAUGGAACUCUGGCGGGGAAUGGCACGACGGGUAAUAGUUCCUCCUCCGUCACCACAUCCAGCCCGGAUGGCGUGGAUGUGUACGAAGAGCGCUUCCCCUGGGACACUUACCAGACCAACUUUGUGCUGGGCUGCUUCUUCUGGGGCUACAUUCUCACUGAGCUGCCUGGCGGUCGCCUGGCUGAGCUUAUUGGCGGUCGCCGCGUCUUUGGACAUUCCAUGCUGUGGGCCAGUCUGCUGACCCUGAUCACGCCGCUGGCGGCGCACAUUAACUAUGUGGUUUUGAUUGUGGUGCGAGUGGUGCUUGGUUUCAUGCUGGGCGCUUCCUGGCCAGCCAUUCACCCGGUGGCCGCCGUCUGGAUUCCGCCCAUGGAGCGCUCCAAGUUUAUGUCUAAUAUGAUGGCCUCCUCUCUGGGCGCUGCCAUAACCAUGCCCAUCUGCGGCUACCUGAUCUCCGUUGCUGGCUGGGCCAGCGUCUUCUAUCUGACAGGAGCCGUGGGUUUGCUUUGGUCCUUGGCCUGGUUUACCUUUGUUUAUGAGACUCCUGCCACACAUCCCCGCAUUACGGCCGAGGAAAGGCGUGAGAUUGAGGAGGCCAUUGGCACAACCACCUCCAAGAAGCGUCCUAGCCACGUGCCCUGGGGCCAGCUUCUCUGCUCGCCCGCCGUCUGGGCCAUCAUCAUCUGUCACGGCCUGGCUGUGUUUGGCUUCUUCACAGUGGUCAAUCAGCUGCCCACGUUCAUGUCCCAGAUCCUGCAUUUCGACAUCAAGCAGAACGGCCUGUUCUCGUCGCUGCCUUAUCUGGGCAAGUACGUCAUGGCUGUGGCCUCGUCCUACCUGGCUGAUUACCUGCGCAAGAAGGGGACACUGAGCACGACAGCCACCAGGAAGCUGUUUACGACUUUUGCUCUUGUCAUUCCCGGCCUGCUGAUGAUUCUGCAGGUGUUCCUAGGCUAUGAUGCCACUUGGUCUGUCACCAUCUUCUCGCUAGCCCUGUUUGCCCAUGGAGCUGUUACUGCUGGCUAUCUGGGCAAUGGUUUGGAUAUUGCACCCAACUUUGGUGGUACCAUUUUCGGACUGGCCAACACUCUGUCCUCCUUUGGUGGUUUCCUGUCCACGUGGAUGGUGGGGGCCCUCACCUACCACGAUAAAUCCUUCCAUCAAUGGCAAAUUGUUUUCUGGAUUUUGGGUGCCACCUACAUCUCGGGAGCCGUGGUCUUUGCCAUUCUUGGCAGUGGCGAACUGCAGCCCUGGAACAACCCACCAGAGCGCGUCAAGAUCAGCGAUGUUACCCAAGAGGAGGGUGUGCCGCUCAAGAAUGAAAAGUGAAGAGGAAACUCUCAGUGUGAAAAUGGCAAGAAAAGGAAAACCAAUGCGAGCUGAGCAUCCCACCACCAGCACCUAUACACAUCAUCCGCACAAGUUAUAGUUGUUGCUACCGAGCACGUCUGAGAUUUACGAGGUUUUCGUUUUUUCCUAACCAGGAGAAAAACAUGAAUGAAAGACAUUAUUUUUUAGAGAUACUGUGCGAGGUUUCUUCAAACAAAAACUAAAAAACAUACACACAAAAACUCUCAUACAACCAACACUGUACACCGAUGCCCAUGUCUGCUUUAUGGAAAUUGACUAUAUUUAUAAGUAAUAUUUACUUUAGAGCUAGCUCCGCGAGAGCUACUUACGUCUAUGUCUGUAACUGUAACAAUAUGCAUAUAUAUAUGUAUAUAUGUAUCUGUAGCCUAAAUGAUUAUAGUAUUCUGUAUGUCCGCAGAGAGCAUGGAGGAGAACAGGAUCUGCUCUGUGCUCGAUAUGUUUCGUUUAAUUUAUAUUAAAAAGUAGCCCCAACUAUGGUUUAGCUUAGAUAAACAAAAAAUACAAUAAUUAUGCAAGUAGCAGAAAUAUAAAUACAUACAGAUACGCCGAUAGUGUAGCUAAGUUGAUAUUAAAUCAUAAUAUAACUUUGUACUAUACUUUGCUUAUUUAUGUAAUUAAUUUAAACAUUUUCUAAGUUCAUAAUAAAAAGUAACUCGGAAAAAAAAUGAAAAGAAGAAGUCAAGCUAUUAUUUAGCUGAAUGUUAAAAA